UGGGUCCUCACCUUGUUCCUUCAUACGCUCAUGUUCUCGUUCUCAUGGUGGCCAUAAGCUCAUUCAACUAGUGUGAAAGAGCACACACCCUCUUCAUUUCACACCAACCAAACUGUAUCAGCACUAUUAAUUUCCCAUCUUGCACUAAAUAGCUCUUAGCUAUUGAACAAGUACUAGAGGGUGGUCCAAGUCUAUUUUUCAAAAAAUGGAGGUCCAAAAAAUAAUGACUCGAGUGCUCCUGUUGCUGUUGUUCUCAUGGGCUAUGAUAGUGGCGGCCGACGUCGAUUGCACGACCGUGACAGGGUUCCUCACGGCUUGCUCUACAUUCAUCACCUAUGGCACACCAGACCCACUUCCAGGCUCACCAUGUUGUGAUUCCAUGAUGAGCCUCGGUGUGAUUGCUGAAUCUGGAAAUGAUAGGUCUAUCUGUCAAUGCUUAAUGGGCCUCAUUACUACCUAUAAUCCUAAUGCUACAGCAAUUGCUACUCUGCCAGGCUUCUGCGGAUUAAGCCUUGGCUUCAUUCUUGAUCCUAAUACAGAUUGCUCCUCUGUUCCUUGAGUUGUUGAGGUCAGUGAAAUUAUGAGGUUGGUUCCAAAGGAGAGGCUAUGGGGCUGAAUAAGAAGUUUGUCUCCAAGUACAGUCACUAAGAAAUACAAAAUAAGUGACUCUUCUUUCUAAAAUAGCAAGUUUGAGCUUGUAUGUUGAUGAAUUGAUAAUUGAUUUUCCCCAUCGUAUUUGUUUCUCAUUUAAG